UGUAUGUUGGAGAAAGCUAGGUAUAGGUAUGUUUAAUAUGAAAUAUAUAUGAGCGGAUUUUAUAUAACAGAUAUGUAAAGUUCAGAAACUUUUAAAUCUGAUAUAUAAAGGAGAAAAGUCUUUGAUUUUGAAAUUCACUGGAAAUUUUUUGUGAAAAUAUUCGAUGUGAACAUGGAGAAGAGAAUACAGUCUCAAGAAAAACUCUUUCCUUGUGGAACUUGUGGAAAAUCUUUUAGUGAAAAGAGGAAUUUGAAAACACACCUAAAAAUACAUACUGGUGUAAAACCUUAUCAUUGUGAAAUUUGUGGGAAGUCUUUUUGUAGGAGUGAUCACUUAGAAAGGCACAUUAAAAUUCAUACAGGAGAUAGGCCAUACUGCUGUAAAAAUUGUGGGAAGUGUUUUAUUGAAAAUUGCAAUUUGAAAAAGCAUGAGAAGGUGCAUAAUGGAGAAGAAGUGUUUCUUGAAGUUUUUGGACCAUCAUUCGAUGAAAUUAGUGACUUAAAUGUGGAUCAGAAGCUUGAUAUUAAUGAUGGUUGUUUUGAUUGUAAAAUGUGCGGAAAAUCUUUCACUGAAAGUCGGGCUUUGAAAACACAUGAAGCAUUACACUGCGGAAAGAAGCCUUUUGAUUGUAAAAUGUGCGGAAAUUCUUUCACUGAAAGUUGGUCUUUGAAAACACAUGAAGCAUUACACUGCCGAGUGAAGCCGUUUGAGUGUAAAAUGUGCGGAAAUUCUUUCACUGAAAGUCGGUCUUUGAAAACACAUGAAGCUUUACAUUGCGGAAAGAAGGCUUUUGAUUGUAAAAUGUGCGGAAAUUCUUUCACUGAAAGUCGGUCUUUGAAAACACAUGAAGCAUUACACUGCGGAAAGAAGCCUUUUGAUUGUAAAAUGUGCGGAAAUUCUUUCACUGAAAGUUGGUCUUUGAAAACACAUGAAGCAUUACACUGCCGAGUGAAGCCGUUUGAGUGUAAAAUGUGCGGAAAUUCUUUCACUGAAAGUCGGUCUUUGAAAACACAUGAAGCUUUACAUUGCGGAAAGAAGGCUUUUGAUUGUAAAAUGUGCGGAAAUUCUUUCACUGAAAGUCGGUCUUUGAAAAUGCAUGAAGCUUUACACUGCAGAGAGAAGCCGUUUGAUUGUGAUAUAUGUGGGAAAUCUUUUAAGCUGUAUACCAGUUUAAUAUCACAUGGAACGGUACAUACCGGGGAAAAAUACUUUCAUUGUGAGGUGUGUGGUAAGUCGUUCAGUGAAAUUAAAAGCUUAAAAAUACACGAGAAAAUCCAUGAUGGGGAAAAGCAAUAUUACUGUGAAAUUUGCGGAAAAUCAUUUCUUCGGAAAUACCACUUGAAAAGCCAUAUAAGUACACACACGGGGGAAAGGCCGUAUCGUUGUGAGGUGUGUGAGAAAAGUUUCCUGCGAAAUAGCCAUUUAAAAAGACAUCGUACGACGCAUACCGGGGAGAAGCCAUUCAACUGUGAAAUAUGUGGAAAAUGUUUUUUCCGCAGUAGUCACUUGGAACGGCAUAUAAGGACACAUACGGGAGAAAAACCGUUCCGCUGCGAAAUUUGCGGAAAAUCUUUCACCGAGAAAUGUAGCUUGAAAAGUCAUACGGAACGACACAGCAAGGAUAAACUUUAUCUCUGUCAAGUGUGCGGAAAGGCCUUUAAUGUCAAGAAUCAUUUAAAAGCACAUAUAAAAAUGCAUACGGGAUAAAAUAAUUUCCACUGUGGAAUUUGUGGUAAAACAGCGAAAAUAUUUAAUAAGGCUGUGAGGAAAAAGACUACAGGCUAGAGAAAAAAAUGUCUCCUUGUGAAACGUGGAAAAUCUUUCCAUAAGAGUGACCACUUAGAAAUGCACCUUAACCCUUUCGGUUAAUCCUGGCCCAAAUAUUCUCCCUGUUAUAUCCAAACAGGCCAGGUCUGGCCCCUCAUAUCUAUUCUACAAUGUCAGUAUGAAAAAUAAACAAUCACAUCAUCGAAAUGUCAGAGGUAUGGCGCAAUUUAUCAAUUCAAAACCCAAUGCAUUUGAUAAAGUAAUCAGAAUGCUAAAAGGAGAGAAGCUACAUCAUUGUGAAAAAUGAAGAAAGUCUUUAAUUAAAAAUUUCAGUUUAAACAUCAUCCAUUAAUGAUGAUGAUGAUGAUGAAGAAUCACAUGAAUACACCAAAUUUGAGAUCAAUUGGAACAAAAUAAAAGGAAUUGAAAAGUGAAGACCAAACGCACAAUAUUCGCCCUCCACCAUUUCCAUGCUAGCACUGGUCAUACAAAAUUUGUUGAGGCAGAUUUUCUAAGCCUGGAUGCUCUUCCCGUUGCUAACCCGCUUCUGUUUCCGAGCAAGGUAACAAUACCCCGUGACUAGAUGUUUUUGUGGCAGAUUGACUAUGACUAACACAACUAUCACCUGAUGUCAAGUCAGAGACACACACACAUAUAUAUACAUACUUACAUACACGAUAGGCUUCUUUCAGUUUCUGUCUACCAAAUCGGUUCUCAAGGCUUUGAUUAAUCUGGGGCUAUAGUGGAAAAAAAAAAAAAAAAAAACUUGCCCGAGUUGCUGUGUAGUGAGAUUGAACUCAAAAC